GUGGAAAUUUCUGUCGCUACUCGUCGUUUCCGGCUGGCGCCACAUGUUGUGGGGGUGGUUCGUUGGCGCAGGUCUGGCAUUUUCCCUGACUAUGCUGGAUAUAUUGCCAUUGACAUACCCUACACAGUUCACGAGACUCGGAUAUCCUGAAAUCGUUCCCAUGGGCUUUUGGACUACGAUUGGUGGCCUUGUUUCAGCAGUGGGCGGUUUGAUGGCGUAUCCACACCUGCCCACCUGCCGACCGGACAUGUCGUUUAUCGACUCAGCUUGUAUACAUCAAACGGAUCCAAUCCUUAUGAGGCAAGGCAUUCAGAACAUCGGAGGCUUCCUUCAAGCCGCCAGGGAAUUACGUGUCCUAUGGAGCGAACCAUACCUUUCAAG